UGCAUCACCUCCGAGGCGGAGGCAGCUCCUUCUCCUGACCCGCAUUCACCCGGACUGAGAGGCAGGGGAGGACCGAGCACACACCGCUGAUCCCCGCAGAGAGAUCCUGCUGCACACCGUGGCUCCAUGGAGGUCCAUGCAGAGAGCCCGGAUCCGAGCACCUGAGGCGGACUGAGAGAGGGACAUACACCGGCGGGAGCACCGGGGAGAAGCGGCGUUUAUUUCCACCGCUGCUGCUUUUUCUGCACGUUUUAAUCCGGCUGCUUUAUGUUGACGGUGCAGGAGGCGGUGUUAUAUCACAAGUCCAGCAUUGGAUGAGGGCGGCAGCAUUGGGAGGGAAUCUGUGACUUCUUUCUGACCCCAGAGCUGCAGCCAGAGACGGGGACACGUCAGAGCAGGGUCAGGAGAAAGUGCAGGGCAGCGUGUGUUUCGGAGAAGAGGCUCCACCGUCCGAUGAUUGUAUGACAGCGAUCUCCACAGCAGGUGGAGCCGCUGAAGAAACACCUCUAGAUGUUAAGAGGCAGAGCCGAGCAUAGACUCUUCCAGAAAGACACGGGAUAACCACCAGCAUUCAAAGGAGAGAGGAGUUUGUCGGAGAGUGGAACAACAAGACGUUACCUCCCGCCAUCCUCUUCCUCUCAGUCAGUCAGAGGCUCUUCUGCUUUCUACCUCCCACAGAAAUAGAAAAAGGAACACAGAAGUGAAAGCGAUCUACGAUCCGGUAUCAGCUCCUCUGUUUCUCCGUGCAACAUUUCUCAAUUUACCUCAGGGAUCUUUUUCUCCCACUGCCUACCUCCGGUGACGGGAAACACACACACACGUGACCUCUCGCUGAUGUUACCAUGACAACCUGUAUUGCCUCUCAAACUCUCUUCAAUGCAACCAAGACGACCAGCAACGACCUUGGACCGCUCAGACUCGCGCAGCGCCUGAACUGUUCCCGCCCUCACCUGUAGGGUUGGAUAUACCCGGGCACAGGAAACAGGGUCUUAUUGCCAGACAGGAAGCUACACACUCUUCACAGAAAAGCCUCACACACACGGCAGGAAACUAUAUACCUCAGACACACACACUCAAGGAGACUAAAGAGAACCCGGUGCUUCAAUCCACCCAGCAGACUUCUCACUUCAGCUUUUUCCAUCGUAGGAUAGCAACAGUAGCCAGGCGGGCCUCCAGAGAGAGAAAGGCUCUGCCCGGAAAACCUCCUCUCAUCUGCCUCCCAGCGAAGUGGCAUCCUGCAGAGCGGAGUAAAGCAGGCGACACACAUCAGGAGAUGCCCGUCAGGCCUUUGGAGAUCUCAGAGGAGAAGCAGACCCUGUGAAUCCUCCGGAGAAGCACGGGAGAAGUUCUUCAUCAGCUUUUUCUGGGAGUAAAGAACUCCCUCUGCAACUCAAUGAACCCUGGGAAGCAGGAGGAUUAAACACUGAAAUCCGUACGGUGUGACAGCAGCGAGGAGACGGGGAAGCAUUCAGAGGACGGGGGGGAACGCAGCGCGUUCUGAUGCUUCCACUGAUGUCCCGCCCCCCUGUGCCCCUCUCAACCAAUCCCUACGCAGACUAUCAGAUGGCUGUCGAGUGACGGGCCCGCCGGCGAAUGCUGAGCAGGCUGGCCAGCUCGAGGCCCACCUCCUCCUGUCCUGUGAUUGGCUGCCGGACAGGACUGAGGCUACAUGGAACCAAUGUCCAACAAGCAGGACAGCAACUCAGAGGGAGACGAGAAAGGGUGGCCAGAUGUGCCGAAGAGAAAGAGUAAGAACAGCCAUUGUUCGGGGAAGAGCGUGUCAGCUCUUAGUGUCUCUGUUCCAGGAUACAUCCCCAGCUACCUGGAGAAGGACGAGCCCUGCGUGGUGUGUGGAGACAAAGCCACCGGGUACCACUACCGCUGCAUCACCUGCGAGGGCUGCAAGGGCUUCUUCCGCAGAACCAUCCAGAAGAACCUGCACCCGGCCUACUCCUGUAAAUAUGAAGGCUGCUGCAUCAUCGACAAGAUCACCCGCAACCAGUGCCAGCUGUGCCGCUUCAAGAAGUGCAUCGCCGUGGGCAUGGCCAUGGACCUGGUGCUGGACGACUCCAAGCGCGUGGCGAAGCGGCGUCUGAUCGAGGAGAACCGGCAGAAGAGAAAGAGGGAGGAGAUGGUCCGGACGCUGCAGACCCGGCCGGAGCCCGACACCCCCGAGUGGGAGCUGAUCCGCAUGGUGACGGAGGCCCACCGGCACACCAAUGCCCAGGGGUCCGCCUGGAAACAGAAGCGCAAGUUCCUGUCGGAUGAUAUCGGCCAGGGUCCGAUGAUUCCCACCUCCGACGGAGACAAGGUGGACCUGGAAGCCUUCAGCGAGUUCACCAAGAUCAUGACCCCGGCCAUCACACGCGUCGUCGACUUCGCCAAGAAGCUCCCCAUGUUCUCAGAGCUGUCCUGUGAGGACCAGAUCAUCCUGCUGAAAGGCGGCUGCAUGGAGAUCAUGUCGCUGCGCGCCGCCGUGCGCUACGACCCGGAAAGCGAGACCCUGACGCUGAACGGAGAGAUGGCGGUGAAGCGGGAGCAGCUGAAGAACGGCGGGCUGGGCGUGGUGUCGGACGCCAUCUUUGAUUUGGGCAAGAGCCUGGCUCAGUUCAACCUGGACGACUCGGAGGUGGCGCUGAUGCAGGCCGUGCUGCUCAUGAGCUCAGACCGAUCAGGACUCACCAACGUGGAGAAGAUCGAGCAGUGUCAGGAGGCGUACCUGCUGGCGUUCGAACAUUACAUCAACUACAGGAAGCACAACAUUCCCCACUUCUGGCCCAAGCUGCUGAUGAAGGUGACGGACCUGCGGAUGAUCGGAGCGUGCCACGCCAGCCGCUUCCUGCACAUGAAGGUGGAGUGUCCCAACGAACUCUUCCCCCCGCUCUUCCUGGAGGUCUUCGAGGACCAGGAAGUGUGACUCGAGAAGUGUUGACACCACGGCCCUCCCUUUAAAAGAACCCUCAACAUGGAAGGAAAUACAUUUGUGGGGGGGGGGUCUGUGGUGGAGAACAAAAGUAGGACAUAAACUGGAUUUCAGUCUUUUUUAAUUCAGUGGGAACGUGCCCUGUGAACUUUGUUUGUUGUCCUUUUUUUCUCACGAGACCCAGCACCUGCCACCAGCAAAUCACAUCGACUUCACCUGAUAGAAACACACACACACACACACACACACACAGACACACACACACAGUUCACAGAGUGGUGCAGGAAUGAGUCCUAAAAACCCUGACUUGAUUCGUCAAUUUAGCACUUCCUUUUCCCCUAAUUGGAAGUCAAUGGUUUUCUGAAUGGAAAUCACACGGAGGAAUCCCAUUGGACCAGGGAGAUGAUGCCUUCAGGGGGAAUACGACAUCUCUGCACCACUCUAUCCUAAGAUUCCUAACAAACUGCCAGGACCGUACCGUGCAAACAUAUGCAAACUCCAGCCUCCUCAGUGAUCUCCUGUUGCACCAGUAUGGACAAACAGCUACAAUAAUGCAACCCCCUCCCCCCGUCACCUCAACCACAGCAAAGUGUUUUAUCUCUGGGACCUGACCAUCAACUCUCCAUGUGUCUCCUUAAUACAUUUAAUCCAUCCCCCCCUUCAGUCUGAGUGUUUGUCAACCUACCUCCCCCCCACAUACUGACCUCCGUCUGAAACACACCAUGACACUCUUACCUCGUUAUGUAGUCAAAUGUAUUUCCACACCACAGUGUUGGAGAGACUUCAGGUAGCUUUAUGCUAGUGCUAGCAGUGGGAGCACUCGUCUGAAGCCUUUAUCUACGGUGUACGUCCACUAAAUGCUCCUCAUUCAACCAAUUAGUCAUAUGUUAUGUGUUUACAUGAUUCUGAGUUGAGGUAUUCAAUCAUAUAGAUCAGUCACUUAAAUCCUACGAGUGUUAGCAUCAGAAUACUCCAUUAAGAAGGAACUGCGCUGUCUUCAAUGUCGUACAACUGCAUCAACAGAUCAUAGUGAGUGCUUAUUGCAACAAGAGUUCAACAUUUUGGGAAAUAUCUGCUUUCUUGAUGAGAGUGCCAUGCAUAUAUCUCAAAAAUAUGAAGCUACAGCUAGAUUAGCUUAGCACAAAGACUGGAAACAGAGGGAAACUGUUAGCCUGGUUCUUCCCAAUACAUAAAAGCUACACGUUAAUUCUUUACGGGGUGUGCCACACUGAUCUUUAGAUGUUGUAACUUUAGCACGGAGCAAAGGGUUGCCAGCCUAAGUUAAGCAAGUCCUCUGAGUCCUUCAAGAUGCUCAAAAUGCUUACAAGCUAAGCAAACAUUUUUUGGUAAACCUCACCAUUUGAAGUGUUAUACUCAGUAUUGUAACUUUGAAAAUAGAUUGAUAUCAACCCUGAGAACUUAUAACUGUAAUUAUUCAUUCUGAGCCUAUUCAAAAUAAAGUGCAGCGUAGCUAAAGGCUACAUAUGAAGUGAUUCCACAGUUUGUAUCGUACAGUAACACUUACUGUACUUCAAAAUAUAGCUAGGUUACUUUAUGGAAGAACAUUUUAAAUGCAUGACUAAAUCUGCAUCGUGCUACUUAUUAACACUAACAGAUAAUACGUACACUAAAUAUAUGAGUAUAUUAACACAAUACCUUUCCACCUCGUACCUCCUGUCUUCAUUACCUCGCUCAUAUUACACCCAGUGGUUUUUAUUUUUUCGUAUUACCUCAUUUGUUUUGUUGUCUCUUCCUUAAAAAAACACUGCGCCGCACUCCCAACCUGUCAAUCACACCGUAGCCCCGCCUCCCUGCUGUCUUCUGAUUGGUCCAUCACAGACAGAUAGUGAUGGUGAUGUCACUGACCUCUGCAAGCCCCUCCCCACCUCACCUGUACCGACACAUUCUACCUCACCUGCCCCUCCGUCUGCAAAACACACACACACACACACACACACGCACACACACUCAGUGCACAGAUUGACAACAUGGACCCGUCAGUGCACAGCGGGCCGUUUGUCAACACUUUGUCCCAUUUCUAUUUUUUCCCCACCCACCACGAGGGACCAACUUACUUUUUUAAAAUUAAUCUACAAUGACAACGAGCCGGGGGCGGG